AUGGGGGACAACGAUGACAGCGAGAUCAUAGAGCACCACGUCGACGAGGAGAUGGAGAAGAAAGGCACGAGGAGCCACGCAGCCUCCUCCUCGUUCCUGGAGAGCGUCACUCCAUCCGACAGGGAGGGCAACAGCGGCACCCAGUCCUCCCACAGACUGCUGGCCUACAGCGAUGCCCUCGUCUCCAUCAUCGCCACCGUCAUGAUUUUACCCGUUGCCCAUACAAAGGUGGAAGAUAAUGAGGAGUUGAGGGAGAGUUUUCAGCUUCUGCUGACAACAAAGAUUGCUGUUUACUUAAUGACAUUCCUGAUUGUGACUGUUGCAUGGGCUGCUCAUAUCAGAUUAUUUCAAGUGAUUGUACGCAUUGAUGACUGCCUUGCACUGCUGAAUCUUGCCUGCAUGAUGCUGAUAACCUUUCUACCGUACACAUUCUCUCUGAUGGCGACCUUCCCUAAAAACGUCCUCGGGAUUUUACUGUUCUGUGGUUGUGUGAUGGUGAUGGGCGUCAUUCAGUCGGUGAUUGUGUUGUACGCCUUCAGCCGUCCCUUCCUGCUGAACGAGCAGAUCCAGAUCUCAGAGAACCAAACCUUCUACAAACACCACAUCCUCAAAGUCAUCAUGCGGGUUCCCCUCAUGUGCUUCUUCGCCAGCAUCUUCUCCUUCAUCUUCUUCCCGCUGUCUUACAUGCUGUUGGCAAUUGUCAUCUUCCUGCCGUACAUCUCCCAGAGUUUGAAGUGGUGUCGCAGCAAAGCAAUAGGUCAGGUGGAGGAGACUCCAGACUCCAUGUUGUUUUACACCUACCUGCCUAACGAGCCCCUCAGUAAGGACAGAGUGGAAGCUUUCAGUGAUGGAGUUUACGCCAUCGUAGCAACACUUCUCAUCCUGGAUAUAUGCGAAGACAACGUUCCUGACCCAACCGUUGUGCAGAACCAGUUUGGCGGUAGCCUGAUAGCAGCUCUGCAGGUCUACGGCCCAGAGUUCCUCGCUUACUUUGGUUCCUUCGCCACAGUAGGCCUUCUUUGGUUUGUGCACCACUCGCUCUUUCUCCAUGUCACCAAGACAACUCGCUUUAUGGGCCUCCUGAACACAUUCUCACUGGCGUUUGUUGGAGGUUUGCCUUUAGCCUACCAGCUAACACACGAAUUCCCACACAACUCUCGCAACGAAUUGGAAGCCAUUCAGAUUAGCUGUGUGAUCAUUUUCUUUGCUGGUAUAUUCCAGCUCACUAUUUGGGUGGUCGCUCUUUACAGUGAACAGGAAACUCUGCAUCCUUAUGUACGAUAUGGCGGGCGUGAGCAUGUGUUUAUGCUAGCCAAGCUAGCUCUGUACCCCUGUGUAGCUCUGGGGACAUUUUUCCUAACAUGUAUUUUGAGUAAAUUUAGCGCCCAAAUUUUCCACCUGAUGGAGAUUACAGUGCCUUUUGCUUUUCUUGUGUUGAGGCUGUUGGUGCGUGCCGGGCUAGCUUUGCUGCGACUAAUUUUCUGUCCCGAUAGGCCCGACCCAAGGUCUGUUGUAGAAGAGGAAGACGACGAGACAAGAGUGCCAUUCAAUGCCUUAGUCACCUAGCUAGCUUGAAGGGAAGUGGCAAAAAAAAAAACACGCUAUCUGAGGAGUGAGGCAUUAUUGCUAAAAUGCUUGGUCUCUGAAAGAGUUACAGUAAGGGUUUGAAUAAGGAACAACAUGGAAAAGAUGACUGUUUUCAACAUUUAAACUGGUUCCUGAGAAGGAAUCAGUGCAAAUGCGAUUAGAUGUGACCACGAUGAAGGCGAAGUAUGGAAGUGGACCAGAGCAAUGAAGGAUACUGACAGCCAAAGCCUAUCCAUUAAUUUGAUUUGUUAAACGACAACUUAAAAUAUAUAAUAAUGCUAGUUUUGUUUAGCGAAUAAUCAACAAGUCAUCUUCAGGCACUCAAAAGCUAGCAUUUAAAUGACCCACACUAAGGUUCAGUGUUGCCAACUCCAAGUUGCAUUUGGCCGUCCUAAAAGUCGUUAAAUGAUGUCAUCACCUAAUUUUGUUUUUAAGGUUUCCCGCUCACAGUAGUAGCAAAAGGUCCAAAAUGAGAAUGGCUAUAAUUCAUGACUGAAGUUAGUUGGUUGUACUUUUCACCCUGAAAAGGUGCAGCGGAACAUUUUUAUUAUAACAGAUCAGUUUCUAUGCCAGGUACAGGUGUGAUGAACAGUCCGUCCAACUGCUAUUGUUUGAAUUCAGCCUAUUUGUUCAGUCGCAUUCAGUUGCAGAAAUUCAUAUAUGAGAGCUGAUGGCUUAAGUAUACUUUGUGUAUGACAGGGGGUUAUGACAGUUUUCUCAAAUUUGUCUCCUUUGGCCCAAAUAUAACUGUUGGAGUUGACCUGUUACCAAACAAGAAUGGGUGUAAGUCUGUAGUUUUUGGCACUUUAAACAUUGUACUGACCAGGGAUAGCUAUACAAUUUCACAUUGCACUAUUUUAAAAUAUUUUGAUUCAGAGACUUGUGUGUAAUGGCCACCCGAAAGUAAGUCUUACAGUCAAACAUGUCGCAAUGCUGUAUUAUCUCUGCUAUUACCUUUUAAUUGGAAAAUUUUCAGGUUUUCUUGAACAUUCUGUUAUUAGAAAGUAAUGUCAACUUAAUGUUAUCAUUUAAAAUUUUUGAGAGGUUUGUAAAAACAAGUGUAGUACAUUUCUGCAACAUAGUACUGAGAUACUGAAAGGGGACCUAUUAUACUGCAUUUCCAGACCUAUAUUGUAGUUCUGUGACUCCUCUAUGGUACCUUUUGCACAAUUCAAAGGUCAUGGCGUGUUUACCAGGAAGAUGGGGCUGCGCGCUCCUUUGUGGGUGGGGCCGGUUUUCUGUGCCUGGAGCAAAUUACUAUAUAGGGAAAACCGGCACUGUAUGACAUCCUAAGGAGCCGUUAGUAGAAAAUAACUGUUGAAACCAGAGCAUUCAGAACAGGGGAAAUCUGAGGUUUUGGCUCACAGGGUUUCUUUUAAAUACUUUUACCUCAUUAUUUGAAGCAUUGGCCACAUUUAACAUAUAUAUCUGAUAUGAACAUUAUACAUAUGACAGAAAAAAUGGAAAAGCAUAAUAGGUCCCCUUGAAGCUAUUUAUUUCACUGUAAUGAUGAUGUGCUUUGCUAUGAUGUACAGUUAUGUGUUUGAUACUGAGUGAAAAGGGACACAAAUCUGAAAGGCACUUUAAUGGAAACCUGUAAGGUGAUGGGGAAGGGUUAGAUAUAUCAAUAAGAAUGUGAGCAUGGGGCAGCUUCUAGAUCUAAGCCCGGUUUGGUUUUCUACGUAUUUGUCUCCAAAUUCCGUUUGACAGAUUUCUGUUCUCAAUUCUUGGCUGUGGUCUGUUUUGUAAUUGCUAUAUGAGUGCAAAUGUCACACUGCAAAAUCCUUUUUUUUUUUUUUAUAUGUCUGUCAAGCUUUAUUUUGUGAAUAAAUCUGAAGUUAUUACCACAAUGUGAAA